CCGGAUGAUGACGUCACGUCGGACCCGCUCCGCCCAGGCGGUGACGCAAAAUGUUGGGGCCGCUCAUUCCGCCCUCCCAGGGCCCGGCCGGCCUGGGGAACGGACCCGAGAGGCUGCUGCUGGACCAAGGCUUCCUGGGAGCAGCGUGGGGCCCCGAGCAGCGCACCCAGGAAGCCGAGGCCGCAGACCGGCGCUUUCCGCAGUGCUCCGCCAAGCCCUUGGUGUAGUACCCGAGCUGAAGAGAAGAUACAGAAUAAGACUUGAGAACAAGAACAAACAUUACACAUACCAAUAUACUUUUUGGAAUGCUAACUACUUAAAGCUAACAACACUGUUGUUCAGAUAAUGCCAUUUAACUUUCCUGGAUAAAACAGUGCGUUUCAAAGUACCAGACA